AUGGUGUCUACCGAUAUUGCUACCAGGGAACUAAAUAAUCCCGUGGAUGUUGCCGAAUACUUAUUCCGACGUCUUCACGAGGUCGGAAUCCGCUCAUUGCAUGGUCUACCCGGUGAUUACAAUCUUGUAGCAUUGGAUUACCUGCCUAAGUGUGGUCUCAAUUGGGUUGGAAACUGUAACGAGCUUAAUGCCGGUUAUGCCGCCGAUGGUUAUGCUCGUGUUAAUGGCAUCAGUGCUAUUGUCACCACAUUCGGUGUUGGAGAGCUGUCCGCCCUCAAUGCCAUCGCAGGAGCCUACUCCGAAUUCGUCCCAGUCAUCCAUAUCGUUGGUCAGCCCACCACUCAGUCUCAAAGGGACGGAAUGUUGUUGCACCACACUCUUGGAAACGGUGACUUCAAUGUAUUUACCAAGAUGAGCGAGGGAAUCUCGUGCUACGUCGCACGCCUGAAUGAACCCAAGGACGCAGCCACUCUGAUCGACAGUGCUAUUCGUGAAUGCUGGAUCCGCAGCCGUCCCGUGUACAUCACUCUGCCAACUGAUAUGGUUGCUGCUAAGGUCGAUGGCGACCGCCUCAAGACGCCGAUUGAUCUUUCAUUGCCCACGAAUGACCCGGAGAAGGAGGAUUACGUGGUCGAUGUUGUCCUGAAGUAUCUCGAGGCCGCAAAGAACCCUGUCAUUUUGGUUGACGCCUGUGCCAUUCGUCACCGCGCACUAGAUGAAGUGCACGAUUUGGUGGAGAAGUCUGGAUUGCCAACCUUUGUGACUCCGAUGGGCAAGGGAGCUGUGAACGAGACCCACAAGAACUUCGGUGGUGUUUAUGCUGGCAAUGGGUCUAACGCUGGAGUCAGCGAGGCCGUUGAAUCCUCCGAUCUCAUUCUGAGCAUUGGAGGAAUCAAGUCCGAUUUCAACACCACCGGUUUCACUUACCGUGUUGGACAGCUAAACAGCAUUGACUUCCAUAGUACCUUUGUGAGAGUGCGGUACUCGGAGUAUCCUAAUAUCAACAUGAAAGGUGUCUUGAGGAAGGUCGUUGAGCGGAUGAGUACUCUCACCCAUGCUCCUAUUCCCCCGGCUUCGAACCGACUACCCGAAAGCGAGAAAAACUCUACCGAUCAAACCAUCACCCACAAGUGGCUCUGGCCCAUCGUCGGACAGUGGCUCAGGGAAAAUGACAUCAUCCUUACGGAGACUGGCACUGCCAACUUCGGUAUUUGGGACACCCGCUUCCCCGCGAAUGUGACUGCCAUCAGCCAAGUUCUCUGGGGCAGCAUUGGCUAUGCCAUGGGAGCUUGUCAAGGCGCUGCCCUCGCUGCUAAGGAGUUGGGAGAUCGUCGAACCAUUCUCUUCAUUGGCGACGGAAGUAUCCAACUGACUGUACAGGAACUAAGCACCAUCCUGAAGAAGAAGUUGAACCCUAUUGUUUUCGUUAUCUGCAACGACGGCUACACUAUUGAGCGAUACAUCCAUGGAUGGGACGCAGGUUACAACGACAUCCAGCCAUGGGACUUUGCCAACAUUCCCAAGGUCUUCGGAGGAGACAAGGACAACUACGCAGGCUAUCGUAUCAAGACCCGUGACGAACUCAACGAGCUGUUCACCAAGGAGGAAUUCAACGUUUCCGACAAGCUUCGACUGGUCGAGCUGUACAUGCCUCGUGAUGAUGCCCCUGCGGCCUUGAAAUUGACCGCCGAGGCUGCUGCGCAGCGCAACAAAUAA